AUGACGCUGCGGUGUUCUUGUUGGAUUCCGAAAAAAAAUGAAGAAAAAGUUCGAAGCAUUUUGCGCUCCAUGGAAGUCACUGGCGACGAGCAGGUCCGUUUAUUUAUUUAUAUGUUUUUUAUUUAUUUAUUAUCUAUUUAUUUAUUUAUUAUUUAUUAUUUAUUCAUUUAUGUAUUAUUUGUUUGUUAUUUAUUUAUUGUUUAUUUGUUUAUUUAUCUGUUUAUUUAUUAUUUAUUUAGUUGUUUAUUUAUUUAUAUAUUUUAUUUAUUUGUCUGUCUGUUUACUUUUUACUUUUUUGUAUUUAUUUUAUUCCACUUUUUGUUUAUUUGUUUGUUUGUUUAUUUUAUUUGUUUAUUUGUUUGGGUUUUGCUCGUUGGUGAGUUCGGGGGGUCGUUGGCUGGCUAG